CGGCAAAGGUGGAACAAAGGUGGGCGCAGACGAGGUGAGGGCGUGGCGGACGUUGGAGGACGACGGCGGAGAGGAUGGGGGGUGGCAGAGGCGAGAAGAGGGGAGAAAAAGCAGUCGAGCCUUGACAGGAACAAACGCAGGCUCGUCUCCGAACGCAGGCCCGGGGACGGCGUCAAAGGUGCGUGUGGCUGCGGCAGGCAAUGAGCAGGCGACGACGACUCGGCCCGGACAGUACACGAGACGAUGCAGGAAUGGAGGAGGGCGAAGGAGGAGAAGAAGCAGAGACGAAGCUCAGGAGUCGGUCGGAGCAAGUGGUUGGAGGGUUGGGCAAGAGAGUCGAGAGGGAGCGUCUGAGCGGGCUCGGGGGCGCCAGCAGUGGAGGCCGGCGCUGGCUGGUCGGAUGCGAGCAAGGGUGCUGGCGAGAAAAGUGGCUCUUCGGUCGUUCUUGGUGCGUGUCCAGGCAAAUGCAGGCUGCCCAGCCAGCCGAGCGAGCUGAAGCCGUCAACCAGAGGCCAUGCGUGUUGGUGUUGCUGGCGGAGGAGAGGAAAUGUGCGCCGGAUAGGAUGCUGCGUGGGAGAUACGGCUGAUGGCUGCUGUUGCUGAUGAUGCUGUUGAUGUCUGCGCUACGCUGCUGGUGUAAGGCGGGUGGAAUUGAGAGCUGCCGCGAGACAAGCGGCUUGACGAGAGUAAAGUCUGCCGAGAGACGCAAGUGGAAGCUGCUUCGACAGGCGUCCUGGCGCAGGAGGGACGGCCGAGGAGGCGGCCAAAGGCGAAGAAGACGAAAGAGCGAGAGCGACAGGGAGAGACGACAGACACGACGCGGCCAGGCCACGAACGACGCACACACGAGCGGGCACACCCGCGGGCAGAUACAGAGACAGAGACAGACAGACACAGGCACAGACGCCGCCGCAGCUGCAGACACGGCCAGGAGAGUUCUGCGACGCAGCCCGUCGUUCCACCCAGCGCGGGUCGAGCGCUGACUUGACUCUCCUCGCGUCCGCCUGCGCUGCACCCGGUCCCGUCUGCGCUGCACACAGUCCGUCUGCGCGCCCAACACCACACAGUCCCGGGCGUGAUUGGCUGGCAACCGCGUCCGGCUGCGGUUUGAUGCGCCCGCUCUCAUCGCGACGCUCGCUGCCCGCAUUGCCCAAUCGAGCGGCCUUUGCUAUGCGGCCGACAUCGAAACGACGGGCUGCAUCAGCCAUGCCAAUGCCCGCCCUGGCGGAGUCGCCCGUUGCACGUCUCUCCUCACCACCUGUCGGAAGCAGCAGCAACAGUGACGAUGGCGCCGCUGGCACGCCGAGGGCAACAGAACAACCACGCAAACUCACACACCAUGCGCAUACACGUACUCACGCAUCCACUCUCCGUGCUGUCGCACACAUCCACGCACACACACACACACACAGACACACACAACCCCAACUCCCAUUCCCUUGUCGCCUCUCGCUGCUUCUGGCUUCCGCAACGUCUCUCCCCUCCCCCUCCUCUGCGUCUCAAACGGCCGUCGCCAAUGGCGGCGCGUCUGGGCUUCCGCUGGAGGCCGCUCACGUCCAACCAUUCGCUCGCCUCGGCGCUUAACCUUACGCACAAACCCGCGCUGUCCUUGCUCCUGGACCAACGCUUGCAUCAGGCCCUUCACAGCUUUGCCUGCUUGCCGUGCUGCUUCUGCUUUUGCGGCUGCUGAAAACUGCUGUGCGAUGAUCAGUGCCCAAUAGAUCUCAUGACGGCCCCCGCCGUGGAAGCUGAUUCACCUCCACGCCGUCCGUUCCUGAACUGACGCAUGUACCUGUCUCCCGUCAUGUCGAUUCGACGGCGGGAAGCGUUGGCAGAAGUCUGCAAGUAUCGUCUUGCCACAUUGCGCCUCGCCAGCAACGGGUGUUUGACGUGCCCAUGCCCGUCAAAGACGCUUGGGACGUGGGGGACUGCGCGCCAAGUCGACCCCAUCCUCACGCCCAAUUUGCUUCCCCUCCCCCAUCCACUCCGAGGAAUCAGCGAUCGUGGCCACGUCUGCUCACAGUCGUGUUGCGCAAUAGGUAUGCCUACGGGAUAGGCGUCCGUUCACGGUUGGAUGUUGCUGUGUACAGUCGCUCGCGUUGCGUGCUCCAGGCCAAUUGGGCAGUCCAGCGUUUCAGCCGCGUGCGCAUCGAGAAUCCUCGUCCGCAAGCUGGUGACCGUCCAACCUCACUCGUCCGGGCCACCAUCCUCAUCGCCCUCGUUGCCCAGCAUUGGCUUGCUAUGCUGCAUCCCAGAGUUGACGACAGUAGCAUCCAGUGUCCUUCCCGUCUUCGGCCGCCGCCGCAUGUCUACAGCGCGCAAGAUGGCAGACCCUGUGAUUCGCGACUUCCAAGCGACGCGCACACGCUCUGCCACCGACGCUCCCUCCGCCCGUCCCAACGUCGAUCUCGAGCAGAAUGCUGCUGCUCCAGGUCCGAGACGGUACAACACGCUCGCCCCCACCAGCGUCACCGGCAUGGCCACCGGCUUCAACAGCCGUGCGCGCGCUCACAGUCUUGCGUCCACCAGCAGCAUCAACAGCGACGACAUCGUCGAACGGCGCAUCACUCGGCAUGACACCGUGAGGCGGUACUCUGGCACCUAUGACUUGCCCAUGCGGGACCACGAGCCCGUCUGGGAGGAGCCCGGCGCGGAGCCAGGCAUCGACACCAGCAAGGAGCCCGAGUCUCGCUUCAGCCACAUUCUGCAGGAGUGCCAGAUCACCGUUGUCGACCUGUUCGAGGAUCACGUUUCAAAGUUUGAGCUGGACAACGAGGGUCUCGCCGCCUUCCUGAAGGACCAGCCGUCCCAGGAGCCGUACAAGGCGCGCUGGAUCAACGUGAACAGGCUCAGCUACGACGUCAUCACCAUGUUGCAGGCAGAGUACAAGCUGCACGGCCUCGCCAUCGAGGACAUGCUCAGCAUCCGCGGACGCACAAAGGUCGAUUGGUACGCGGACCACGCGUUCAUCUUCAUGACGCUGCAGAAGCUUAUCAAGGUCAAGCCCCUAGAUCAGGAUGUGAGGAAAGCGGAGCAGGCUGGGCGCCGGUCCACGUUCAGACGAAUGUUCACCAGGCGAGACGAUCCGAUCUUGGGGCUGCAGAACGAAAAGCUUCAAGGCAAAGGCGAGCUGGGCGCGAGUGGAUACAAUGCUGACGGACCGCGCCCCAGCGCAGUAUCGGCCUCCGGCAGGCCGUACCAGAAUCAUGAAUCGUAUCGCACACUGCAGCGCAACAAGCCCGGCCAGAACUUUGAGCGCAUGCUGUACAUGGAACGUAACUCGAUGCUCACGCAGAAGAACCUCGCCGUCUCCGUGGAGAAGGUUGCGAUCUUCCUGACGGCCAACAACACCGUCAUCUCCUUCUUUGAGCACUCGGCAGACGACAUCGAGGGCCCUAUCCUUAGGCGUCUAAACUCGCCCAACACGAUUCUCCGUACGAGCAGCGACGCAAGCAUGAUGGUUCAGGCCGUCAUCGACGCGAUCGUGGAUCUGGCCAUCCCGGUCGUGGCCGCGUACGAAGACAUCAUCUCGGAGCUGGAGGUCGACGUGCUCACCGACCCUGAGAUGGCUCACUCUCGCAGGCUCUACAUCGUCGCCUCAGAGCUGAGCCUCCUCCGCGCCAACCUGGCUCCCAUUAGCGUCAUAAUCUCAGCCAUUCGAGAUCAUCAACGCUCCGCGGCUCGCGACAAGGCACUGCGCGAAAGAGAGCAUCACGACGUGACCAACAAUCCCGCUCGCCCAGGCGUAACGCGCUCUGUGACACGUGUCAAGACCGUGAACAUCUCCGAGACGGCGGUCACGUACUUUGGUGACGUCGAGGACCACAUCAUUUCCAUGUCCAGCCAUCUGGACAAUAUGCGUCGCACGGCCAGCGACCUGAUCGACCUGCUGUAUAACCAAAUGGGCGCUUUCCAGAACGAGACGAUGAAAAUGCUGACUGCGGUCACCAUCUUCUUCCUACCGCUCACCUUCCUGACCGGCUACUUUGGACAGAACUUCGAGCACUUUGAAGCAAUCAAGCACAGUGACGCCUUCUUCUGGAUGAUCGCCUUGCCUGUGAUGGCCGUAACUAUGGUUGUCUUGACGGGCCCCAUCUGGAUACGCUUCGCGAAGAGGCAGCUGCAGAAGGCUUGGAUCUUCCGGCAGAAGAAGGCCCGUAACGAGAAACUGAGGAGGACGAACACAAUUGGAACGACGACGCAGAGGACGAACACGAACCCGAGGUGAGAGAUGCCGUCAUGGGCGAUGGUGGUGGCCAGAUGUGGCCCUUUGCAUGUUUCAUGCUUGUGAUACCCCUCCCUUUUUUGGGACACGAUUGGAUUAGAACGUGGUAGUUUUUUACUUUUUUUUGGCAUUUGUGAGCAGAAGGGCAUUACUAGACGUGUUUAGAGAAGACGUCCAUGCACAAGACUUGUCGGAUGUUCAGCGUUUUAAAGAAUUUUUGACGAUAACUUGUGUCCAGAUCUACGGUAGAGGUUUGGGUACGGUUGUCAUUUGCUACUUGCGAGAGACGCCAGUGGACGAAGGGCUUCGAACGUAUCAGGCGAUGUGGACCAGCGGGAAGGUGUUGGAACUUGAUAGCUAGCCUGUGGUCCGAUUCGCGACCUCCCUUUGAAAUCAGCGUACCUAGUUCCAGGCUCCGUCGUUCUCGCGAAACUUAGUCAUCGUCGCGCAACGAGGAGAAGCAUAUCAUGGUGAGGGAACAGAUUCGGCCACGCCUUCCAUGCGAGGCGGAGCGCUCGAUGCUUCGGUUGCUCGGAUCGCGGAUACAAGCACGAGGCACAUGUAGACGUGCGAAAAGAAAAACGCACCGCGUCGAC